AGUCAAGUUAUUUAUAGGAUAUAUUAUGCUGAAGUGCGUUAAUGAGAUGCUAAUAUCAGGGGCAGCCCCAUUUCGAGUCUUAAAACAAUUUGCAAUUCAAAAUAUUUAUUCUUGCUCGACUAAACAUUUAACCGACACGUAAAUAUAUGGUUUUAAAAUGGAUGGCGAGGAAAGCAUCGCUAUGUCCUUGAUAAAGGACAGUGAAAGCAACAGUGCUAUGAGGAAUCCCCAAGAAUUUAAAUACGAUAAUGAAAGAUCGUUUUUGAUAACAAAUGAUGAUAAAGAAAAGAGCAAUGGAUCAUCAAAAACUCUUGCUAACUCGUAUCGAUCACUUUUGGCGAUCAGUGAAGACAGCAAAGAAUACCCAAAUACUCAAGAUAUAAAUCGAAGUCAUUAUAUGGAGAAUACUACAACGUGGUUAACAACUCUGGUACAUGUGAUAAAAGGAAAUAUUGGGAUUGGAGCACUUAGUCUACCAUUUGCAAUGAUGAAUUCAGGAAUAGUGGUUGGUCCUGUUUUACUUCUAGUAACUGCUUCUAUUGCAGUUCACUGCAUGCAUUUGUUGGUUCAGUGCAACCAUACGUUUCUUAACAGAACAAAAAGCUUGAAUCUUGGAUACGCGCAAAUAGCUGAAAUGAGCAUAGCUUUGUAUUAUCCAAAAGCAAGACAUUUAGGAAGCAUGAUCGUUAACAUACUUCUCGUCAUCACUCAACUUGGUUUUUGUUGUGUUUAUUUCAUCUUUGUCUCCGAAAGUCUCAAGCAGAUUUUCGAUGACACUAUCCAACUAGAUGUGAGAAUAUGGAUAGCUAUUCUGAUACUCCCAACGGUUCUGCUAUCUUUCAUUCGCACGUUAAAGCUUUUGGCUGUCAUCUCCAUGGUCUCCAAUAUUCUUUACUUUAGUGGUGUUUUUUGUAUACUAAUUUAUGCCGGUGACAACAUGCAAAGCCCUGAAACCCUGCCUAAGUUUACAGGACUAGCGACUGUGCCGCUUGCGUAUGGUGCAAUCGUCUUUUCAUUGGAAGGAAUUGGCGUGAUACUGCCAUUAGAGAAUGUUAUGGCGUCACCUCGUCAUUUUCGUUGCGUUCUUAGUAUUGGUAUGGGUGUGGUUGUGUUGGUAUAUCUUCUCCUCAGUAUUCUUGGAUUUUCAUCUUGUGGAAUGCAUUGUCUUGGCAGCUUCACUCUUAAUCUCCCAAACACACCAUAUUAUGCAGCUGUAAAGGGGACGCUCGCCAUUGCUAUCUUCUUUACGUACUUCAUACAGUUCUAUGUACCAAUGACCAUUAUAAUACCAUCAGUACAAGAAAAAUUAGACCAGAAGUACUCAUCUCUGGCGGAUUAUGGAAUUCGGACUUUUUUUGUCUGUGUUACUGCUGUUCUAGCCAUUUGUGUCCCACUGCUUGGUGACAUGAUUUCACUGGUUGGAGCGGUAGGCUGUACAGCAUUGGAGAUAAUAUUCCCAGCAGUCAUUCAUAUCCUGACAUUUUCUUACGACAACAGUCUUUGCACUUCAAGUCUCAUCAAGAACAUUAUACUCAUUGUAUUCGGCUUUCUUGGGGCAGUGUCUGGCUUGUAUGCAUCAAUAAUUGACAUGAUCUGGAACAUUCAACAUCCUGGGGUACCUCAGGGGGCUGUGUUGUUUAAUUCAAGUCAUGUAAGCCUUUAAUUAUUUGGGUUCAUGGGGUAAAAAAAUCUGCUAUUGGCCUACCUUGUGUUCACACCAUAUAUCUAACAAAAUCGUACAAAUUAGUGCAAAGUUUUGUAGGUCUACAGUUUACUGAACCUACUUUAUAAAAUAAUUGUGAUAGUACGCGCGCUACGAUUGGUCGAAAACCAUGUUUGAAGAGUGUAUCAAAACACGCUCUUCAUCCUUUACAAAUACAUCAGAGUAAUACGAUAUUUUUUUCGUUUCUUGGCGUGAUUGUUAUUUUAUAAAACAGAUCAAAAAACAGUUUUCCGCAUUUGAUACUCUGAUCAAAACACUCAGGAUGUUGA